AAUUUGGGUUCAGUUCUCUCAGUGUUUUUCUUUUUUCUCCUAUUUUUUAAUGCCUUACGAUUUAGAAUAUUUAAUGUGUAAGCCCUAAGCAAUCGAAUACGUUUAUUCGCUUUUAAUACUGCAUGCAUUGGUGAGGCAGCGGUUGGCUAAUUUGGCUUCUGAUGGCAGUAUCUAAUUUGGCUUCUGAUGGCAGUAAUUUCUGAUGGCAGUAAUUUAAUUUGGCUUCCGAUGGCAUUUUUCAGCGUCCGCCCUUUUCUACAUUUCCGCUGCUGUCGUAUCAUUAGCUAUUUUUUAUAGCAUGUCGUGUCUUCAUAUUUAGCUACUAUUGAGCUACUAUUUUAUCUAACUAUUUUAUGUCGUAUCUUCAUAUUUAAACUUUUACAAAGGUUAAGCUUUCACAAAGGUCUUUCACAACCAUGUUUCGAGGACGCAGAAUCCAAAUACACCAUGGGCUGCGGCGUACUUGGUAUGAGUCGUCGUUCGAGUUCUUCUUGCUUCCCUUUCCCCUCCAGUCAUUCACGAUAAAGAAUGGUGCAGUGAAUGGGAAGCGUAUCAGUAAAGAAGAAGAACAAAUUUAGGUUUUUCGCUGAAAAACCGCUCGUUUUUAUACAAACGAGUGAAAAAAAAAAAAAACUGAAAAAA